AUGCUCCCUUUCUCUCCUCCACAGUGAAACUAGCCAGCAUGAGGUGUCAGGACUGUGGGCAGCAGUUCACUCGCUGGGAGGCCUUCAAGACUCACCUGCGUAAGCAUGUUCUGGAGGAGGCGAUGGCGGAAGAGGAGGAACAAAGGCAGAGCAUUAAGAGAUCUCUGGAGAUUAAUGGGAGCAAUGGUAAUGCGGAAUCGGCAGCACCCGAGAAAAAGCAGAAAAAUUAUGACCGUGGUGAUUACAAAGAGAACAGUGACGUAGACGUGGAAGGUGAUGAAGAAGACGAAGAGUUCUUCGACAGUUCCUGGCAGGUCAGACCAUCGGAGAUCGUCACAGUUCGUCCGCGCGUCGCCAUGCUGUCUGAGGAGGAGAAGCCAGUCUUCAGCAGCUCCCACAGGGUCUAUGCAUGCUCCAUCUGUGGGAAGGUCUACUCCUACCUCGAGUCAUUUAGAAAUCACCAGAAGACUCAUGAAAAAGAAGAGAAAAAACAACCCACAGAGAACAAGUGCCCGGACUGUGGGAAGGUCUUUGCUCGCCCAUCCCUUCUGGUGACCCACUUGAAAGUGCACAGGCCUCCCGUGCCGAUGGAACCCUCCACUCUGAAGUGUGAUCAGUGUGUAAAAAACUUCAAUUCCCUGCAGACGUAUUUGAUCCACAUGGACCUGCACAAGCAGAAGCCAUUCUGGUGCCUGGCCUGUGCUAAGGGCUUUAGGGAUGAGCUCUCUCUGGACAAACACCUGCAGGGCCACAACCUGAGGCGCCACAAGUGUGACCUCUGUGAAAAGUCUUUCCGCGUUCCCGCUGAGCUCCGCUACCACUACAAUACUCACACCGGCGCCAAGCCCUACAAAUGCACGCUCUGCAAGAAGAACUUCUCCCAGCUGGGCAACCUCAUCACGCAUCGGAAGAAGCACGUAGGGGUCUACGUCGGGGCCAGCAAGACGCCACUGGGACCCAGGAACCACCUGUUUGCUGGGAGGAGAAGGGUGACUGAGAUGAAGAGGCUGGUGUUCACAGGGAUGGGUAGCACAGAGGAGGCGGAGGUGAUAGAUAUGCUUCAGGAACAUCAAGAGGAGGAGGAGGAAGAAGAAGAAGGAUAUUGAUUUGGGUGAGGAGGAAUCUGGAUCAGAAGAGUCGGGGUCUGAGUCUAGUUCUGAAGACUCUGGGUCUGAGUCUAGUUCUGAAGACUCUGGAGCUGAGGAGUCGUCGUCGGGUUCGGGAUUGUCUAAAUCAGAUUCAUCAGACUCUUCUGGAUCUGAUUCCUCUGACGACUCUAAUUCCUCUGGAUCGGGAGUGGAGGAGGAGGAGCAAGAGGGGAAAGAAGAGACCGUAUUAGAAGCACAUGUGGCGGUGCAACAGAAAAGACAUAAAGAAUGGGAGUGUUUUGAAUGUGGUGAAGGGUUUGAUCAAGAGUCAGCGUUGCACCUGCACUAUAUGAAACACGCCAGUGGGGAGCUGCCAGUACAAUGACGGCCCAGUACAUGGUGAGAUAAGCUGUGAAAUUAUUGCUUCACCUGGAAUGCUUUUCCAACAGUCUUGGAGUUCCCACAUUAUGCUGAGCACUUGUUGGCUGCUUUUCCUUCACUCCGCGGUCUAACAAAACAUCUCAAUUGUGUUGAGGUUGGGUGAUUGUGGAGGCCAGGUCAUCUGAUGUAGCACUCCAUCACUCUCCUUCUUGGUCAGCCUGGAGAUGUUGGGUCAUUGUCCUGUUGAAAAACAUAUGAUAGUCCCACUAAACACAAACCAGAUUGGAUGGCGUAUCGCUGCAGAAUGCUGUGGUAGCCAUGCUGAUUAAGUGUGCCUUGGAUUCUAAAUAAAUCACUGACCGUGUCACCAGCAAAGCACCAUCACAACACCUCCUCCAUGCUUCACAGUGGGAACCACACAUGCGGACAUCAUCCGUUCUAGAGGUCGACCGAUUACGAUUCUUCAACGCCGAUACCGAUUAUUGGAGGACCAAAAAAGCCGAUACCGAUUUAAUCAGUCGAUUUUAAAAAAAAUAUAUAAGAUAAAAUAAAACAAUUAUUUGUAAUCAUGACAAUUACAACAAUAGUGAAUGAACACUUAUUUUAACUUAAUAUAAUACAUCAAUAAAAUAAAUGUAGCCUCAAGUAAAUAAUGAAACAUGUUCAAUUUGGUUUAAAUAAUGCAAAAACUAAGUGUUGGAGAAGAAAGUAAAAGUGCAAUAUGUGCUAUGUAAGAAAGCUAACGUUUCAGUUCUUUGCUCAGAACAUGAGAACAUAUGAAAGCUGGUGGUUCCUUUUUAACAUGAGUCUUCAAUAUUCCCAGGUAUGAAGUUUUAGGUUGUAGCUUUUUAUAGGAAUUAUAGGACCAUUUCCCUCUAUACCAUUUGUAUUUCAUUAACCUUUGACUAUUGGAUGUUCUUAUAGGCACUUUAGUAUUGCCAGUGUAACAGUAUAGCUUCCGUCCCUCUCCUCGCUCCUCCCUGGGCUUGAACCAGCAACACAACGACAAUGACAACAGCCACCAUCGAAGCAGCGUUACCCAUGCAGAGCAAGGGGAACAACUACUAGAAGGCUCAGAGAGAGUGACGUUUGAAACGCUAUUAGCGAGCACUAACUAGCUAGCCAUUUCACUUCGGUUACACCAGCCUCAUCUUGGGAGUUGAUAGGCUUGAAGUCAUAAACAGCGCAAUGCUUGACGCACAACGAAGUGCUGCUGGCAAAACGCACGAAAGUGCUGUUUGAAUGAAUGUUUACGCACCUGCUUCUGCCUACCACUGCCCAGUCAGAUACUUAGAUACUUGUAUGCUCAGUCAGAUUAUAUGCAACGCAGGACACGCGAGAUAAUAUCUAGCAAUAUCAUCAACCAUGUGUAGUUAACUAGUGAUUAUGAUUGAUUGUUUUUUAUAAGAUAAGUUUAAUGCUAGCUAACAACUUACCUUGGCUUACUGCAUUCGCGUUACAGGCAGUCUCCUUGUGGAGUGCAACGAGAGAGAGGCAGGUCGUUAUUGCGUUGGACUAGUUAACUGUAAGGUUGCAAGAUUGGAUCCCCCGAACUGACAAGGUGAAAAUCUGUUGUUCUGCCCCUGAACAAGGCAGUUAACCCACCGUUCCUAGGCCGUCAUUGAAAAUAAGAAUGUGUUCUUAACUGACUUGCAUAGUUAAAUAAAGGUAUAACAAACAAACAAACAAAAUCGGCAAAUCGCCGCCAAAAAAUUACCGAUUUCCGAUUGUUAUGAAAACUUGAUAUCGGUUAAUCGGCCAUUCCGAUGAAUCAGUCAACCUCUAAUACGCUCACCUACUCUGCAUCUCACAAAGACAUGGCGGUUGCAACCAAACAUCUCAAAUUUGGACUAAUCAGACCCAAGGACAGAUUUCCACCUGUCUAAUGUCCAUUGCUUGUGUUUCUUGGCCCGAGCAAGUCUCUAAUUCUUAUUGCUGUCCUUUAGUGUUUUUUUUUGCAGCAAUUUGACCAUGAAGGCCUGAUUCACACAGUCUCUGAAAAGUUGAUAUUGAGAUGUGUCUGUUACUUGAACUCUGUUAAGUAUUUAUUUGGGCUGCAAUUUCUGAGGCCGUUAAUGCCAAUGAACUUAUCCUCUGCAGCAGAGGUAACUCUGGGUCUUCCUUUCCUGUGGCGGUCCUCAUGAGUCAAUUUCAUCAUAGAGCUUGAUGGUUUUUGCGACUGCACUUUUUCCGUAUUGACUGACCUUCAUGUCUAAAAGUAAUGAUGGACUGUACUUUGUCAUUGCUUAUUUGAGUUGUUCUUGCCAUAAUAUGGACUUGGUCUUUUACCAAAUAGGGCUAUCUUCUGUGUACCACCCCUACCUUGUCACAACACAACUGAUUUGGCUCAAAUGCAUUAAGAAGGAAAGAAAUUCCACAAAUGAACUUUUAACAAGGCACGCCUGUUAAUUGAAAUGCAUUCCAGGUGACUACCUCAUGAAGCUGGUUGAGAGAAUGCCAAGAGUGUGCAAAGCUGUCAUCAAGGCAAAGGGUGGCUACUUUGAAGAAUCUCUUGAAAUAUAUUUUGAUUUGUUUAACACCUUUUUUGGGGGUUACUACAUGAUUCCAUAUGUUAUUUCAUAGUUUUGAGGUCUUCGCUAUUAUUCUACAUUGUAGAAAGUUUUUUUUUAAAUGAGAGAUGUAAAACGUUUGCCUGGUACUGUAUAUCCAGCCUACUGUAGUAGUUGCUAUGAUUCCAUUAACAUGUAUUCUAGUAUGUACCAGGAAUUUUUCUUCGAUACAACCAUAUCACUCGCUCUUCUGUCAGUCUGAUAACCUAUUCAGCUGCAUGUUUUUUUUUAAUGCUUUCCAUAUAAAUUUUUGUGUUGUCUGGAUUAAAUUUCUGUUUUUGUAAUAGAAUUGUGGUAAUAAAUUAAAUGCAUUUUGAGUCCA